GUCCUGUUUGUUUCUGCAAGAACCUUGCUUCCCAGAAUGCUUGGCGAGGUUGACCACCAAGAUGGCUGACGCUAUGGAUGAUUAUGAGAAAGAAGCUGGAUGUGUCCCCAUUCUCCAUCCAGAGGAACUGAAGCCCCAGAGCCACUAUAACCAUGGCUACAGCGAGAACGUGGGACGCAAGAGCCACGUGGAUGACUACAGCACCUGGGACAUCGUCAAAGCCACACAGUACGGGAUCUUCGAGCGAUGCCGAGAGUUGGUGGAGGCGGGCUACGACGUGCGUCAGCCGGACAAAGAGAACGUCACACUCCUGCACUGGGCGGCCAUCAACAACAGGAUAGACUUGGUCAAGUACUACAUAUCUAAAGGUGCUAUAGUGGACCAACUUGGGGGUGACCUCAACUCCACCCCACUGCACUGGGCUACCAGACAGGGCCACCUCUCCAUGGUGGUGCAGUUGCUAAAGUAUGGUGCUGACCCCUCCCUCAUCGAUGGGGAGGGCUGCAGCUGUGUCCACCUGGCCGCCCAGUUUGGACACACCUCGAUUGUGGCCUACCUCAUUGCCAAGGGACAGGAUGUGGACAUGAUGGAUCAGAAUGGCAUGACCCCCCUGAUGUGGGCAGCUUACAGGACACACAGCGUGGACCCCACCCGGCUGCUGCUGACCUUUAACGUGUCGGUGAACCUGGGGGACAAGUACCACAAGAACACUGCGCUGCACUGGGCCGUACUGGCCGGCAACACCACCGUCAUCAGCCUGCUGCUGGAGGCCAACACCAACGUGGAUGCCCAGAACAUCAAGGGGGAGACACCUCUUGACCUUGCAAAGCAGAGGAAAAACGUCUGGAUGAUCAACCACUUACAGGAGGCCCGACAAGCCAGGGGCUACGACAGCCCGUCCUACCUGAAGAGACUCAAGAUGGAUAAGGAGUUCAGACAGAAGGUGAUGCUGGGGACCCCGUUCGUGGUCAUCUGGCUGGUGGGCUUCAUCGCCGACCUGGACAUCGACUCCUGGCUCAUCAAGGGCCUUAUGUAUGCCGGGAUGUGGAUCUCCGUGCAGUUCCUCUCGAAGUCCUUCUUUGACCACUCCAUGCACAGUGCCCUGCCCCUGGGUAUCUAUCUGGCCACGAAGUUCUGGAUGUACAUCACCUGGUUCUACUGGUUCUGGAAUGAUCUGCCUCUGGUCACUGUCCACCUCCCGUUCCUGCUCAACAGCGUGGCGCUCUUCUACAACUUCGGCAAGUCGUGGAAAUCUGACCCGGGCAUCAUCAAAGCCUCUGAAGAGCAGAAGAAAAAGACCAUUGUGGAGCUGGCAGAAUCAGGAAGCCUAGAUCUAAGCAUAUUCUGCAGCACCUGCUUGAUACGGAAGCCCAUCAGGUCCAAACACUGUGCUGUGUGCAACCGCUGCAUCGCUAAAUUUGACCAUCACUGUCCUUGGGUUGGCAACUGCGUAGGGAGUGGGAACCACCGCUACUUCAUGGGUUACUUGUUCUUCCUGCUGUGUAUGAUCUGCUGGAUGAUAUACGGCUGUAUCUGCUACUGGCGAAUCCACUGUGCCACCAACUACCACAAGGACGGCUUCUGGGUGUACCUGACGCAGAUCGCCUCCUGCUCGCCCUGGAUGUUCUGGAUGUUCCUCAACAGCAUUUUCCACUUCAUGUGGGUGGCCGUGCUCAUCAUGUGCCAGCUGUACCAGAUUGCCAUUCUUGGGAUCACCACAAAUGAGAGGAUGAACGCCAGAAGAUACAAGCACUUUAAAGUCACGGCCACGUCCAUCGAGAGCCCCUUCAAUCACGGAUGCAUGAGGAACCUCAUAGACUUCUUUGAGCUGCGCUGCUGCGGCCUUCUGCGGCCUUUGGUGGUGGACUGGACCACGCAGUACACAAUAGAGUACGACCAGUCGUCCGGCUCAGGCUACCAGCUGGUGUGAUGCUGGUGUGAAGAGAGAGAGAGAGAGUGCGAGAGAGAGCGAGACAGCGCAGCAGGACGCACGGAUGAUGAGCGAGAGCAGGACUGCGGGAAGGAGGGAGGAUUCGGGUGUGUUUUGUUUUUCUCCCCCGACUUUUGUUUUCCUUUUUUAUAUAUAUAUAUAUAUAUAUAUCGUCGUCAUCCUCCUACAAGCAUAUCAGAGCAAGGCUGCAUCUAGAGAGCAAGGGGAUGGAGAGACUGUGUGUGUGUGUGUGUGUGCGUGCGUGCGUGCGUGUGUAUGAUGGGGGAACUGGGGAGUUAAGACUGGACCAUCUCUCUUCAUCAGAACAGAAGCAAGUUCUCAGCCUACAAGCAACUACCACGCAUCGUUUGUCGUCUUUCAUUGUUUGUUUUUGUUCUAGUUGUUGUUGUAUUAUUUUGUUUGUUUUGGUAUUAUUGCUUGGCCGGAGUCCCCAACCCACAGCUCCACCAUUGGUCACCACCCUCAACAGCAGCAGCAGCAGCGCCACCACCUGACCACCCCGAGUGGUCGCAGCAGAUCCCCUCUCCCCAGGCUUCCUCCGGCUCCCCCCUCAUCCCAAAUGCCAUGUGUUGUCGGCGCCAUCUUGGCCCUCCCUCUCCUCCGCAAACCCCCAAUGACUGCACCUCAACCAGAGGGCCAAAGCCAGGGGAGGGAUGGAGGAAGAGGAGGCAGAAGAGGAAGAGGAGGGGUCAAAUAAAAGGGAUUUUUGUGUUUUUAUUUGUUUUUGUUUUUGUUUUUUUCCACCAUCCACCGGAGUAGGGAGCAUGACUUAACAUGUAUGUGUUUGUAUGUUUGUUGUUCUAAAUGUCUUUUUCGUUCGGUUGGCCCUGGCAGAGUUUCGUUUAUUGUUUCGAUUUGUCUUUCUGAAUGCAGUCUUGGAACGCGAUUGUUCUGCAAGAGGCUUCGCAGUAUGGGGCCCCAAGUUGAUAUGAACUGAAGUGGUGCUGGGGUGUCAAUGAAAGCUCCUUAUUGGUCUUUUCGCUCCUUAUUGCCGCUGGGAUUGCGAUCAGUACCUUGUUCUAGUGGUCCCUCAUUUCUCCAUCACACUGUCCAGUCCUGUCCCCCACAGUGUAGUGAAACCAACGUUU